UUGAGCCACUCGUAAAGCCACUGAACUAUUGCCCCGUUAAGCUCAGACCCAACCUGACAACGGCUGCCACAGCUACUUCCCCAGAUCCUGGCGGUACCGGUACCAUCAUACUGACUAUGGCAGGCAGGCUGUCACCGGAGUUCCCGGGACGGACUGAGCGGCACCCGCUCCCCGAUUCGGAAACCGAAUCGGAGCCUGAUGAUCCGGGGGCCAGUUGCUUAACGGGGCAAAGCACCGGCUCGCUGCUCCGGACACAGGUCAUCCACAGCGGCCACUUCAUGGUGUCCUCCCCGCACAGCGAUCCUACUCCGCGGCGGCGCAGAAGCGGGGCGGCUGCCGGAUACGACUUCGACACAGUGGACGGGACAUGGUGCCAGACUUACCGGUUCGGGCCGCUGAGCUCAGGAAGCCUGAGCAUCGACCCGACGUUGACCCGCUUGUUUGAGUGCAUGACUCUGGCAUACAGUGGAAAAAUUGUCUCCCCCAAAUGGAAAUCUUUCAAAGGACUCCGUCUGCUUUGGCGGGACAAAAUCCGCCUGAACAAUGGAAUUUGGAGAGCUUGGUAUAUUCAGUAUGUGGAAAAGAGGAGAAACCCAGUGUGCGGGUUCGUCACGCCGCUGGAGGGCUCAGAGGCAGACGCCCACCGCAAGCCUGAGGCGAUUAUCCUGGAGGGAAGCUACUGGAAGCGGAGGAUUGAGGUUGUGAUUAAAGAGUAUCACAAAUGGAGAAUAUACCACAAGAAGAGGCUUCAAAAGCAUAAGGAUGGUGUCCUGUCCAUUAUGGAGAAGGACCCGGUGGGCGGAGCAGCCCGGGAGAGAUGGUCUGGUCAGCUCUCCCAGGAGCCCAAGCCCACGGCUGCCGAGGGCCAUAUGUUUGACCUGGACUGUUUCCUGUCUGACAUCUCGGACACCCUGUUCACCAUGACGCAGAAAUCCUGUCCCUGGGCUGAGGACGGUCACAACACCUACAGCAGCAACGCUGAUAUGAUCCAACCUGGCUUGACGCCCCUGCAGCCCAUCCUGGACGACUUCAUGGACAUCCCGGACUUCUUCUCGAGCUGCCGCGGUCAGCCUCCGGAUCAGGCCGGCUUUGCAGAGUGUGGCUAUUUUGGAAGUCUGCCUGGGAGCUCCUUCCCGGUGCCGCCCGGCCUGGUGCCACCCGUCUCGCUCCUGCCAGCGGACACUCAGCUGCUGCAGGCUAACCUUUCCUCGGAGAGCAGAGACCGGAUGGUGCCAGUCUCCUCUGAACCCUGCUACCACAGACCUGUGACCUCAGAAAUGACCUUUAACCCCAGCAGCAUGACCCCGGAAGCCAAGUACAAAGGACAGAUGGGCUUCAGCUCUCAGGAUGAGUAUCCUGGUUCGAGCCUGGUGCCCGGGACGAUGUCCUUUGGGCAGCAGCCUUUCAUGAACGCCGCCCCUGUGGCCGCUGAGGAAAACUCAGAUUUAUACGCCACAGCCUGCCUGAAGUACAGGUACGGCUCACCAGCUGCGGCCUCAGUCAUCACCCACACGGGCUCCACAGCUGGGGUCUUGGACGCGCUGGCGCAUGGCUACCCCGACCCGGAGGCGUUCACCGCCGUCCCAUACCCGGCGCCAAGCUUCGGCCCGCUGCCCACAACCCACACGGCUCCGCCCCCUCCGGCCGUGCGGCUCGGCUUCCCGGAGGCCCAGCGGGUCAGCGGCAGAGGCAAGUGCAAGCAGAAGAGCCCUGGGAUGAAGAGCUCUGCCCCCAAGGUGUCGCCGAUGCAGGGCAGCUGUCUGGCGAAGCUGCUGUCCGGGAGCAGGCCGGAGCGUAAGCCGGCGUUAGGCUUUGAUCCUUUAUCAGCAGAAGCCAAAGGUCCCAGUUCGACAUCCCCCAGCCACCCCGCUGGUGGCGCCACAGGCUCAAGGCAGCACAGUCCCCCUCGGGCCCCUCUGGGGCCACGGCCUGGUCUGUUACAGGGCUCUGCCAUAUCCGCCCUGCUCUCCCAGAAUUCUCUGCCUGGCUGCGUGCCUCUGCUCGUCCCCAAGACGGAGCAGCUGUCCCCGAUACAGAGUUAUGGCAGUGAGAGAGCCAGCCUGACAGUCGUUUUCUCAGGGAAUUCUGGUCAAAUUUCCCCUACAAUCCCAGCAGAAAGAGUAUCAGGCUUGCAGGCAUCACACUCCUUCUCCAGGCAGCCCAAGAUGGAAGCGACCAAGACGGAGAGCCGGAGGAUAACGCACAUCUCAGCAGAGCAGAAACGGCGGUUCAACAUCAAGCUGGGCUUCGACACGCUGCAGAGCCUGGUGACAACGCUGAGCGCACAGCCAGGAGUGAAGAUCAGCAAGGCCACAACGCUGCAGAAGACAGGGGAGUACAUCGGGAAGGUGCAGCAGGAGCGAGCCCAGCUCCACGAGGAGGCACAGAGGCUGCGUGACGAGAUCGUGGGCCUCAACUCAGCCAUCAACCUGUGCCAGCAGCAGCUGCCCGCCACAGGCGUGCCCAUCACACGGCAGCGUUUCGACCACAUGAGGGCGAUGUUCCGGGAAUAUGUCCGGGCACAGACGCUGCAGAACUGGAAGUUCUGGAUUUUCAGCGUCAUCAUUGAGCCGCUCUUCGAGUCCUACAAUGGGAUGGUGUCCACAGCCAGCGUGGAGGACCUGUGCCGUACCACGCUGUCCUGGCUGGACCGGCACUGCUCCCUGCCGGCGCUGCGACCCGCCGUCCUGAGUUCACUCCGCCUCCUGAGCACCUCCACCUCGAUUCUGACAGACCCCAGCCUGGUCCCAGAGCAGGCCACCAUCGCUGUCACCCAAGCCCACCCACCCAGCGAGUACUCCUAACAGCCCAGGCCCGGACUGACCACAGGCAGCUGCCUGAAUUCAUUCCCGAGGGAUGGAGCCUGGCAAGGGGCAGGGCCUAGCAAGGGGUGUGGCCUAGCAAGGGGUGGGGCCCGGUGAAGGCGGAGUUUGGCUGGGGCACCUCCAACUGUGAACAUUCCUUUUUAUUUGACUCAUGGUUCUACCGAUUCUUUCCUGUAAUUCAUGGAAAGUUCCUGUGUUCUGAACUAACUUGUGAUCCAGCUGUCAGUUCAGGUACAUACUGCUUCUGCUGAUGAGAAUUUAAAGGUCACAACAAUCAAGUUUUGUGAAUUUUUUCUUUUAUUCUAUAGCUGUGAAAACAAAUAUAUCAUUUUAAAAUCCA